GCAACGACCCGUCUUUCUCUCUCUAGAAAAUGCCGAUUCUCUCACCUUUGACGUCGCUUCACGCGCCGCCGCCGAGCUCGAUAGCUCCUCUGUUGUUCUCCUCCUCCUUCCGAAUCCCCUGCUCUCCAUUCUGCGCUUCCCCCUUCGAGGCCAACCGCGCUUCGUCUCCGCCAAUCGAUCUCGGCCGUCCACCCCUGCCAUGCCGCCGCCGCCGCCUCGGGGCUGCUCGUGGUCCGCCCCCGCCGCCGGAGCCCGGUCCUCCGUCCGAAAAUGGCUCUCGCCGGCUCAGGAGCGUUGCAGCAUCUUUAUCUAGAGUUCAGGACAGUGUGCAGAUUUUCUUUGCAGUUCUUUUCUGGAUGUCUCUAUUUUUCUGGGCCUCUGCAUGGGACAGGAGAAAUAGACCUAGCAAAGGGUCAAGAUCUAGAAGAUGAUCCAGUUAGUUAUGUUCUGUACAUACCACUUGCAACUGUAAUUACAGUUUAGGAUACGAAUGAUAGUCAAAUAGGUGGUGGAUGCUGUUCCUAUUUUCUUCUUACUUAAUAUAUCCAAGUUCUGUAACAAUUGCAAUUGCUAGACUCAUGUUAGAUAUACAUUCAAUUUGGCAGAAUUUAGGUUCAUUUGAUUACCUUCUAUCAGAGCAAUAUCCUGUUUAGCUUCUUUGAUUUACUACACCAUUGGAGGAGAUAGAUCUCCAAACGAAUACCCCAA